GAGCUGUCCAGGAAGCAGAGCCAGGCCAUUUCUGGCUGGAUCCCAGGCUCAGCUAAGACAGCCUUGAGCAAAGCUUUCCUCUCUAGCAGGGCGGUGCUCCUUGCUCGCUGUGCAACGCCCCGAGACCCGGUGUCCUCCCCAAGGCCCGCGGGGUUUGCUGCCUAGGCUCUAGGCGGGGAAACCAUCAGGGCCAAGGUCAGGGUCAGGAUCCACUGGGGUUGAGACAGACCCAUAAUCGCCUGCGCUUGCUGUGCACUUGCCACUGCCACAGCCAGCGAACGUGGUACAUCCACACCAUCUGUGCCUCCCUCGCCAUGGGCCCUGGAGCUCUACCUGGACCUGCUGUCCCAGCCCUGCUGUGCGGUCUACAUGUUCGCCAAGAAGAACGGCAUCCCCUUCCAGCUGCGCACCGUGGAGCUGCUCAAAGGGCAACACAUGAGUGAGGAAUUCUUCCAGGUGAACUGCCUGUGGAAGGUGCCUGUCCUCAAAGAUGGGGGCUUCCUCUUGACUGAAAGCACAGCCAUCCUGAUUUACCUAAGUUCAAAGUACCAGGUGGCAGACAACUGGUACCCAGGUGACCUGCAGGCCCGUGCCCGCGUCAAUGAGUAUCUGGGCUGGCAUGCUGACAACAUCCGUGGCACCUUUGGUGUGCCCUUGUGGGCCCAGGUUAUAGGGCCACUCAUUGGAAUGCAGAUACCCAAGGAGAAGGUGGACCAUAACAAGGCUGGAAUGGGCCAGGCUCUGCAGCUGCUAGAGGACAAGUUCCUGGGGGACAGGGCCUUCCUUACUGGCCAGCAGGUGACACUGGCUGAUCUCAUGUUACUGGAGGAACUGCUGCAGCCUGUGGCUCUUGGCUAUAACCUGUUUGAAGGGCGGCCACGAUUGGCAGCAUGGCGUGCACGGGUGGAGGCAUUCUUGGGUGCUGAGUUGUGUCAGGAGGUCCAUGGUUCCAUCCUGAGCAUCUGGGAACAGGCAGCCAAAAAAACCAUCCCAGUGCCCCCACCAGAGGCCCGUCCGUUUAUGCUGCUUCGUAUUGCCAGGAUCCCCUGAAUGUCCUGACUAGCAAUAAAGAUUUAUUGUGUGUCUUG